CUCUCUUCCACAUCCCGAUUCCUGUGGCACGCACAACCUUCGAGAGAGUAGGCCACAGGAACCUGAAGCAAACACUACUCAAUCAUGGCAAGCACCAGAGUUUUCGUCUCUGGCCUUCCGCCAACUUUCUCUGAUGAUCAAUUGAGAAAGCAUUUCGCCAGUCGCUUCCAGGUCACGGAUGCUCAUGUAUUGCCCAAACGCAGGAUCGGCUUCGUGGGCUUCAAGAGCCCCGAGGCUGCUCAAGAGGCUGUGUCUUAUUUUAAUAAGACCUACGUGAAGAUGUCCAAGAUCUCAGUAGACAUUGCUAAGCCGAUUGAUGCCGAACCCAUUCCCAGAGCCCGCAAGUCUGGCCAUCCCAAGGAUAAUGACGAGGCGGGAAGCUCGCUCAAGCGUAAGCGCGAUGGCGAGAAAGCUGAGGACCCUAAACUGCAGGAGUACCUUUCCGUAAUGCAGCAUUCGUCCAAGACUAAGACGUGGGCCAACGACGACGCUGUCCCCCAAGUCCCGGAGACCAACUCACCUGCAGAUCAGCCUGUUGAAGAGCAAGAAGAGCAAACCCAAGAGCUCACCUACGCCCAGAGGAAGAAGGCCAAGCUUGGCGACACCUCGGGUGAUACCAGAGAGUCGCACAAUGCGGACCAACAGGUUGUUGCUGAAGCAGAGCCCGAGCCUAUGGUCGUUGAUCACAGUGGCGAAGGUGAUGUUGAACCGUCGGCGGAUCAGGAUGCUGCUGCUGCUCCUGCUGAAGAGCAAGGUCCUGUCUCGGACGCGGACUGGCUUCGCUCCAAGACGAGUCGUCUCCUUGGCCUCCUGGACGAGGAUGAACAAGCCGAGUUUGGCUCUUCCGCUCAACAAAAGCCCACUGCUUCUCCCGAGGUAGUAGAGCCUGAGAUGGAGGUUGACACCGAGCGUGCUCAGGAUGUCACACCCGCCGAAGAAGCUCCCGCUGGUAGCAUAGCGAAGGAGCCGGAGGUCGACACGAAUAUUGAGAACAUUCGCAUAUCCGCUCGUCUCUUUGUCCGCAAUUUGGCGUAUGACACGUCGGAUUCGGACCUCCAACCGAUCUUUGCUCCUUUCGGCCAAAUCGAAGAGAUUCACGUUGCGAUCGACACUCGGUCGAAUACCAGCAAGGGUUUUGCUUACAUCCAAUAUGUUAACUCUGAUGCUGCCGUAGAGGCCUACAAACAGCUGGAUGGCAAGCAUUUCCAAGGCCGCUUAAUGCACAUUCUACCGGCUGCUGCUAAGAAGACGUAUAAGAUCGACGAGGUUGAGCUGGCGAAGCUGCCACUGAAGAAACAGAAGCAGAUCAAGAAGAAGAUGGAGGCUACUUCUUCCUCUUUUAGCUGGAACUCGCUUUACAUGAACGCCGACGCUGUCAUGUCUUCAGUAGCUGAACGUCUUGGCGUUUCAAAAGCUGACCUGCUGGACCCCACAUCAUCCGAUGCAGCGGUCAAGCAAGCACACGCUGAGACGCACGUAAUCCAAGAGACGAAAGCCUAUUUUUCAGCCAAUGGCGUCAACAUUGAAGCCUUUAAGCAACGGGAGCGUGGAAACACGGCUAUCCUAGUAAAGAACUUCUCAUAUGGCGUCAAAGCUGACGACAUCAGGAAAUUAUUUGAUCCAUAUGGGCAGAUCACCAGGCUACUGAUGCCUCCCAGCGGUACCAUAGCGAUUGUUGAGUUUUCGCGGCCAGAUGAGGCCCAGAAAGCCUUCAAAGGCCUUGCGUACCGCAAACUCGGGGACUCCAUCCUCUUCCUAGAGAAAGCCCCCAAAGAUCUGUUUGAUCCCAACGUCGUGCCGCAGAAGCCGACCACCGAGAUCAAGGCUGUCUCGCAAGGAUUCUCAACGGCUGACACAUUUGCGGCGGAUGAAGUCGUUGAUGAGAAUCUACCCACCACUACCCUAUUCGUAAAGAACCUCAACUUUUCUACCACCAACCAGAGCUUUGUGGAUCUCUUCCGACCACUUUAUGGGUUUAUCACUGCUAGGAUCAAGACCAAGCCCGACCCCAAGCGUCCUGGACAGACUCUCAGCAUGGGCUUUGGCUUUGUUGAGUUCCGCACCAAGGCCCAGGCCCAGGCUGCUCUGGCUGCCAUGAAUGGCUACAAGCUUGACCAGCAUGAGCUGGUGGUCAGAGUGUCUCACCGUGGAAUGGAUGCCGCGGAGGAGAGGAGACGGGAGGAUACCGCAAAGAAGGUGGCCGCCAGACGGACGAAGAUCAUCAUUAAGAACUUGCCGUUCCAGGCCACCAAGAAGGAUAUUCGGUCGCUCUUUGGCGCCUACGGCCAGCUUCGCUCUGUGCGGGUGCCUCAGAAGUUUGACAGGACGGCUCGUGGUUUCGGUUUUGCUGACUUUGUAAGCGCUCGUGAAGCGGAGAAUGCUAUGGACGCCCUCAAGAACACGCACUUGCUGGGCAGGAAGCUGGUGCUGGAAUUCGCCAACGAGGAGGCCAUUGACGCUGAGGAAGAGAUCAAGCAGAUCGAAAAGAAAGUAGGGGAACAGAUGGACAGGGUGAAGCUACAAAAACUUAGUGGUCCUGGGCGCAAGAAGUUCACUGUAGGGGCCCAGGACGAGGAGUAGAGUCCCCUCUCUACCCUUGGUACUCUUUUACUUCCUUUCUCCCUGUUGAUAGGGACGGACAAUGGCAAUGGUGCACUGUUGGUGACGAUAUCCCUUGCGUCCGGACACUGAAUUUCGAGAGCGGAAGCAGGUUCACACGUUCUCCUGCGGCUGUCAACACGUACAUACGCGUCCUGCACAGCGAGCGGAGGCUCUCGUGCCUGUUCUCACGAGAGUUUCAACCUGUCAUCCCAGUAGGUCCCUUUUUAUCCAAGUUCUCCGUGCCGUUCAAGGCUCACGGCUUCCCUUAACUCCUUAUACCUACCUACCAAUGUAUACCUUCAAUCAACUCGAAACCCUUGGUUAUGGACG